AUGGAAGAAAAUAUGGGACCAUCUGCAGACGACGUGGUCGGCAAACGUUCGUGCGAAUAUUGUCGAACGAAAAAAAUCCGCUGCGAUCGGACUGUGCCGUGCUCUAACUGUAGAAUGAACAAAGCCGAUUGCAAAACAGUUGUACCAGAACAGAAACCUCCAAAAGUAAGAAUCAGUUUAUCUGGGGAGUAUGAGAAGAAGAUAGACCGUCUUGAGAGCCGCCUUGCAAAUAUCGAGACCGUCCUCGCCAAGAUUGCUUCAAAAUUGGAGAUCAAGGAUGCAUACACAGUAUUUGAUGAGCACGUCAUUCGGACGGAAUCCUCGUCAACUCAACUCAAUGAGAAAUCUUCCGUUAUUGAGGCCGAGUCGACGACACCUACGCCUUUUGAAGGCGAGACUGGAAUGAAUAGGCAGUCAGACUAUGUACGGGAGUUGCUCGUCCAGGUGGUUGGUCAGACACCAUCGAUGGACCAAAACAUAGAAGUCAAAGCAGCCUUGACAGCGCUUGAGGAGCUGGUUACGCCCAGCAAUCAUGGAGAUAUCUCUCCAAAGCUAGAUACUCAGCAAUUGGCUGAUCGAUCUAUUCCAAGAACUGACAGUGCAAAGUUAGAGCAGCCCCCUUGGAGUGUGGUGAAGGUCGCCAUGGAUAAGGUGUUGGAACAUCCUACUAUGAUCUUUACUGCUUUCUUUCCUAUCAUUGAUGCGAAGAAUCUCUAUGAAGUCAUUGAAGAUUUUUAUUCCAACCCAACCACGUGCGGUACUCCACGUCGAAUUUUUGCGUCUGGUGUAUUGUUCAAUAUAUUUUCAGAAUUUUCAUCGGCACCCUGGAGUGGUACCACCAAGGCGGAUUUGACAAGGUGCGCGAAACUCACUGCGGUUUCAGCUAGGGUACAGUUGGAGCUUGCCAUAAGCCAGCUUGGUAUACUCAUACCAGCUAGCCAUGAAAACAUUGUAGCCCUAAGCUUAGGUACGGCUUGCGCAGUCGAGAUGUGCAAGCCAUCACUUGCCUGGAUGCUGAACUCCUGCGCCGUCGAACUAUGUCAAAAUCUAGGUUACCAUCGUUUCGCAACCAUGAAGAACGACCCAGAAGAGGAGCAGAGACGUAAAAUGCAUCUAUUUUGGAUGAUAUAUUACUUCGAUAAGCAACUGUCUCUGCGUUUGGGUCGAGCAAGUAUCAUCCAGGAUUGGGAUGUGUCAUUGCCCUUCCUUGCCACGAGCGAUGCAUCGCAUAAUGGAUCUGAAGGCAACAAAAUGCUUCCAUAUUGGGUCAAAGUUGCUAAGGUUCAAGGGAAGACGUAUGAGAGCUUGUUUAGUGCAGCUGCAUUCCUCAACACGCAGACUGAACGGUACCAAACUGCUGUGAGUCUCGUUCGUGCGAUGGAACAAGCUUGGCAUGAACGAGGCUAUGUAGGUAUCAGAGACUCUACCAAUCUAGCGAGUCCCAUCGAGACAGAACUGCCUUUCAAGCAUAAACAAACAUUACGCAAGCACGAUCAAGAUGCCCUGAAGCCCGGUGCUUAUGACAUAGGAUACCUUAAUGAUGUCGAGGGUCUGUUUUUUUAUACAGAUGUUGUAGUGCAUUACUCAACCUGUGCACUUAUAUACCGGGCAGCAUGUCCAGUGAAUACAUUGAGUCAGGAGUGUCUCGAGUCUUCUCGAGCGGCAAUAUUAGCGCAUAUGAGGUGUAAUGCCCAAUUCAACUCAAAAGCCAAUACAGAACUUUGGGCAGGAUACAUCCAUUGGUCCAUCCUUGAGGCCCCAAUUACUCCCUUCAUCGUCUUAUUCUGCAACGCAAUCCAGAGAACCGAUCGCACCGAUCUAGAUUCUCUCUCAGACUUCGUCACCAGCCUUGAGUCUUGUAGAACAUUCUCUGAGGGCGCGGAAAAGCUAUACAAAAUGUGUCUCCUUUUCUUGAAAGUAGCUAGAAUCUACAUCCAAGCAAAAGAAACCGAGAUCGAGAAGGGUCUGUUGGUAUCUUUGCCAGACCUGGGACAAGACAUUCUCGACGCGACUGCACCUGAUGUCUUACUAGACUUUAGCACAGUCUCACAAUUUGGCCCGCAUCUAAGCGCUCUUGGACUAUUGUCUAAUACAGAUUGGUCGAUGGCUGGUUAUAUGCCAGAUUCAGUACCGGAAGGACAUGAGCACUACCCAUCAACUGAAGCCAUGAGUGGCGCGCAAGAUUUUGAAGGUGUAGGCAUGAGUCAACAAGUUUUGGGUGUAAGCCAGAACUCUGUACAAGACUGGUUCUCAGGAUCGCGAUAUUUGAUCAACUUCAUGGAUUUGGACAACGAUAUGCAGAUGCCUGACAUGAACAACCCAGGUUUCUGA